AUGCUCGACAGUUUUGAAAUCGUCUCGACCUCUGGAGUUGUGCUGUGGUCUAAGCAAUAUGUGCCCGUCGGCGCAAAUAUCGUGAACAGCUUGAUCCGGGAUAUAUUCAUUGAAGACAUACGGACCAGCGGAGACCCAGGACAGAAACCCACCUACAAGAAGGAAGGCUACACUCUAAAAUGGACCGUUGCGAAGGAUUUGGGCCUCAUCUUCGUGGCCGUAUAUCAGUCGCUGGUGCAUAUGACAUGGAUCGAUAAAUUGCUGGAUAACGUACGCACACUGUUCACGGGCUUAUAUAGCGAACAACUCAAGAGCAAGAAAUAUAGCAGCACAGAGUAUCCCUUCGACGAUUAUUUCGAUCGACAAGUUCAAGAGUUAGAGUCCAAGAAUGACGGACAGCCUGCCACUCCCGCCAGAAGGAUACCAACGACCGACACAACUCCACCGUCGAGCUCCGAGGGUGAAAGCGCUCCGGCAAAGCCUUCUGUACAAGGCCUCAAAGUACCCAACCGCUCCAUACACGCCGACAGCUCCGCCGAUGCGACGCCGGUUCCAACACCAGAUGCCUCAAGACCUGCGUCACCCGCAGCUCAUAUCUUACAAGCGAAGGGUCUACGGCCGGGCGGUAAACUAUCCCGGCGCGACCGUCAACGAGCGAAGACUGCCAGUCCCGCGCCAUCGUCUGGAGAUGAAGGUCGGCCAACAAGCAAGGGUGGAAAGAAGAGUAACACGAAGAAGAAUAGAGUGUGGGACGAAUUCGGACUUGCCGAUCAUGCGGAUGACAAUACACAACUAGAUUACUCCGCACCUGCUGACCUGGACGAAGCAACCUCGCAAGCAGUCGAGCACGUGGAAGAAAGCACAUGGGGUAAGAGGACAGGAAAGGGAGAGUUUGUGCUCAAAGAUUUGGAGGAUGAGAUGGACGAGAUACUGUCGAAAGUCAGUGCAGGAAAAGAAAGCAGCAGCAAUAGUACGAAUGGUUUUGUAGGGUCGAGUUUGGGCGCUAUUGGUGGUCUCUUUAGGAAUGUCGUUGGAGGCAAGACCUUGACUGAGGCGGAUCUCGAGAAGCCUCUGAAGGGUAUGGAAGAUCACCUCCUGAAGAAGAAUGUUGCACGCGAGGCCGCUGUCCGGUUAUGCGAGAGUGUCAAGGUCGAUUUAAUCGGUGCGAAAACUAAUAGCUUCACCACUAUCGAAACUACCCUCCGCAGUGCAAUGGAGCGUGCCCUUACCAAGAUCCUCACUCCAACCACCUCACUCGACCUUCUCCGCUCAAUCCAAGCCACCAAUCGUACAGGCCGACCGUACAUCCUCUCCAUAGUUGGCGUCAACGGCGUCGGCAAAUCAACCAAUCUCUCCAAAAUCGCCUUCUUCCUCCUGCAAAACAACUUUCGCAUCCUCGUCGUUGCCGCGGAUACCUUCCGUUCCGGUGCCGUCGAACAGCUAGGCGUCCAUGUUCGCAACCUCCAAGAGCUCUCGGCUCGUGAGGGCGGCCAUAUUGAUUUGUUCCAGCGCGGCUACGGCAAGGAUGCAGCCAACAUUGCUCGCGAGGCCGUACAACACGCGACCUCUGCAGACCCAAAAUAUGACGUCGUGCUCAUCGAUACGGCUGGUCGCCGGCACAACGAUACGCGGCUGAUGUCGUCGCUGGAGAAAUUCGGGCAAUUGGCGAAGCCAGAUAAGAUUUUCAUGGUCGGCGAGGCGCUUGUGGGCUCCGACUCUGUAGCGCAAGCGCGGAACUUCAAUGCGUCGUUUGGGUCAGGGAGAGGUUUGGAUGGGUUUAUCAUUAGCAAGUGUGACACUGUCGGGGAUAUGGUGGGCACAUUGGUCAGCAUGGUGCAUGCAACCGGGAUUCCGGUCGUGUUUCUAGGAACAGGUCAGCAUUAUGCGGACUUAAGGACCUUGAAUGUAAGCUGGGCGACUACGUUGCUCAUGAAAUAG